CACAUUUCCCAGUGUGCUUUGCGCUAGGAAAAACAAAAAUGGCGUUUCAGAAAAGUUGUUGAGGACGUAAGAGGAAUUGUCACCUGUGAAGCGGUGACAUUACACCUAAUUUCAAGCACAGAAACCGAACAAAAUGCCUUCUCCUAAAGCCAAAAACAACGCCAAUCGCAGUGGAGGUGGGAGCCCAGGUCUCAGUGGUAGCACCAAUGGCAACGGACGCUACGAGUUCAUGUCGCUGAACCGAACCCCUCCAGCCACUCUCUUCCAGCGGCAGGGCUCCGACCCAACCGCUGCAGCCAGACUGCGGGCCUCAGAGAGCCCUACCCGGCGAAGAGGCUCCGGGUCCUCCACCUCCUCCAACACAGGCAUGCCCGAAGAGGACUGUAUGCGGCUCAACCCUUCCUUUAUCGGGAUAGCCCUUAGCUCCCUCCUCGCCAUAGACCUGUGGCUCUCCAAGCGGCUUGGCGUGUGUGCCUGUGAAGAUUCAUCCUGGGGCAGCAUUCGACCAUUGAUGAAACUGAUAGAAAUUUCUGGACAUGGAAUACCAUGGCUGGUUGGGACAGCCUACUGCCUGUAUAAGGCUGACAGUGCCGCAGGACAGGAAAUUAUGUUCAAUCUCUUCAUGGCUCUCAUUCUUGACCUGAUCCUGGUUGGCAUCGUGAAAGCGGUCGUCCGUCGGCGCCGCCCAUCCCACAACCGCAUGGACAUGUUCGCCACCUUCUCCGUGGACCGCUACUCCUUCCCCUCGGGGCACGCCACCCGGUCCGCCAUGUGUGCCCGUUUCCUGCUGGCCCACUUGGUGCUGGCCGCCCCCCUGCGGGUGCUUGUGUUCCUGUGGUCUGGUCUGGUGGGGCUGAGCCGGGUGCUGCUGGGAAGACACAACAUGACCGAUGUGCUGUUUGGCUUCCUGAUGGGCUACUGUCAGUACAACCUGGUGGAGAUGCUCUGGGUAUCAUCGCUGGGUAUGCAGGGUCUCCUGGGGCUCAUCCAGGGGUGAGAGGAUGGGAGGGUGUGGUAGGUGGAAGACAGACGCCCUGUCCCAAUAUGUAUGAAACAUUGACUGAUCCUGUCCCAUACUGACACUGUGGUCACUCAUCAUUGCCUGUUCAAGACAAACAACUACAACAAAGCCUACCACCCACCAACCAUCCACCCAUAUGUAACUGCAAUCAGAAGUACCUAGGAGCAGGGUGCUCUUCCAUACUGUGAUAAGAGAGAGAAAGUGUGUGUCUGUGUGCGUGUCUCAGAGAGUUGUGUUCUCAAAGGGGAGAAUGAAUGCGAUUGGUUAACUUAUGAAUUGAUUAUGGUGUCUGUGGGGCGCUCUGGAAAGAGCAAUGUAAUUUAUGGAGGACACAUCAUGUAUUGACUUAUUUUAAACUUUUAAGGUAUAGAGCCUCACAGUGGAGGUGUCAUAACAGCCAUAGAACCUUACGGUCAAACAGGGAAAUGGUUCCAAUUGUUUUUCCACCAUUCAUUUUUCCUAUAGGGAAUUUUAGAAACACUUCAAAUAAGGGCUGUGUUCAAAUCGAUCUCGAACAAGGUGACAAGGUAUCAAAUAAUUUUCGGCUCUAUUUGGAAAUUCUAAUUAGCAUCAAACUAGACAUCAUGCAAGACUACAAAUCCCUGUAAGCUCCUGCACGUCAUCUCUAGCUGACACCUUUGCUAACAGGUAUUGUGUCAAUUUAAAACUUGCACAAGACCGUUCACAGAAUUGUCCAUUUUAAAGAAAUGUAGCCAAUUUAUUAAUUACUAUAUUUAACUAACUAUCUAAUGUUAGCUCAUCUAGAGACUCUUACCUUUGCCUCGAUUCGGCUGUCUCGUCCACAUCAUCAUGGCAUUUGUAGUUCUUUAAGAUAGUCGCAUUAGCAGCUAAUUAACGUUUACAUUUUGGGGGGUAAAUACAGGCAAAUAUAUUGAUAAAAGUCACCUUGUCCUAGAGCGAUUUACACAGUUAUCAAAAUGUAACGCCAAGGUAGGUAAACCUACAUGAAACACAGCCCUUAUUUUAAGUGUUUCUAAAAUGAAUGGUGGAAAAACGUUUGGAACAAUUAACUUGUUUGACCACUUGGUUUUACGGGUAUUAUGACACAUACUGUGCUACUCUAUGUAAAGUUCACAAAAUGAAAUGGUUUGUCUUUUUUAUUUCUCACUGAAAUAUAGUCACCCUGAAUGUGUUAUUGCAGAUCUUGAGGAAUAAUACCAGUUUUCUACAGAUGGGUGAACGCUAAAAAAUAAUUAACAUUGAUGAUGUUUUAACCAGAGACAGGAGGCAUGGUUUUCAUUCCAAAUUAGGUUACCCAACAACUUUACAGUUACGCUGACAUCAAACAUGUAGUUCAUUCACUUUAUAACCUUUUAAUGUGUUAAACGUGAUCUCCUCUUAUCUAUGGCUCUGAGACCUGAUCCUGAAGAUGGUUCUCAUCUUGUGGAGAGUUGAUUCCUUAUAGUAACUGUCUAAAUAGUUUUGCAACAGGUUUGCAGUGGUUGGAGGGAAAACCGGAGAGGCCAGGGCAGGUUUUAUAGUUCAGUCACAGAGAUGGUAGAAGUAGAAUAGCUUUUUGUCUUUCUGAUAGAAAGGGAAGACACCUAGUCAGCUGUACAACUGAAUGCCUUCAACUGAAAUGUGUCUUCCGUAUUUGAGAUCACAAGACAGUGAAUGUCCAAGACUGGUUGCUCAUUCCUGCUGUACUGUUUUGUUACAGGUGUAGACAAAGCACCAGUCUGAGGUGCAUCAUUUAAUGUUUGUCCAGGUUAAACCCCUGGGUGACGCCAGCUGUAGUAGUGGCUAACGUAGCAGGCGGGUCAUUCCAUGUCAUUUCAGCGAGCCAUGACACCCACCAUCUCAGAUUGUUCUGAAAAUGUUUCUGUAGUUAGAAACUGAUAAGAUUUGCCUUACUGCAACAUUAUUUGGUUGAAAUAUAAUUUGAUCUCUGAGAAAUUAAGCUAAUUGAUUGCACCCAAAUUGGCCAUUUUUAAAUUAUAGGAUGUAUAUAAUAUUCAAUAAAUAUACUACAUAACAUCUGAUUUGGACCCCCAAAAAUUCGAACAAUGAGUUAGACAUGAGGAUUCCAAAGAAAUGGUGAAAAGCCACCCACGGACCACCACACCCCAUGCCACUCUCAACCCAACAAGUAUACAGUACCAGUUGUAUAUGUUUAACAAGUAGAAUGGAGCUGCGGCUCGGAGUAUUGUUUCUUCAUCCUAUGUAAUGUAUUCUCAGUGAAUUUGGGGAUGUUUUUUUCCCCUGUUCAGAGAGAUUAGUCUUGAAGUUGUUAGGUUUAUGUCCCAUCCUACAUUCUGAUAUUACCAGGUUCUGACCACGGUGCUGUUCCUGCUCUUGGCUAAAAAAUACAUAUCCCCCUUCAAUGUUAAAGGGAUACUUCUGGUUGUUGGCAACUCCGCUAAGGGUGGUAAUGGUGUAACCAUGGUGCGUGCCUUAGCCACUAAUUAGCUGUGGGCCGGAUCUAGUGGCCAAGUGCUUUCCACCGUGUCCUUAACUGCCCUACUGUUAAACUGCUCUUUGCUCUGACUACUCAUGGCCUCCCCUCUAUAUGAAUGUACAUUCUCUGGUGCAUGUGAGGCAGGAGUGAGGGACCCAGUCAGAGAGUUCUCAGGUGUCCUGGGUGUUUAGAAUGUUUCUGGGUGUUUCAAUACGGUGGUCAUUUUGUGCCGUUACCAGUGUUGUCAUUUGGCUGUUGUCACAUUGUGAAGAUCCUGCACAGACCCUAAUCCUGGCAGACAGAACAUUCUUUUGUUGACUCUGAUGACUAAUAUUCCCUCUUCUAUCCCCCAGCCACUGUUCUCUAUCUCCUCACUUCUGAGACCAAAACCACUCUCUCUCCUAUCCUCCUCAGCUGAGUGGAUUCUGCUGUAACUGAGAAACCUGGAAGGGGUGUGAGUGAGGAGGCCACCCACUCAAACACAUCCGCCGUGGUUAAAUAUGGAGGAGCAGCUUAUUAGCCCCGUCUCUCUCUUGCUCUCUCUUACCGUCUCUCACCCUCACGCUAUUACAGCUGUCUCUCCCUCUCUCGGCCCCCCGCGUCUGUUUCUGCUCAGAGAGAAGAGUCAGGCUCCAUUACUGCUCCAUUCCUCAGCUGCUCUUCACCAUUUAUCUUGUAUUCCCUCCAGCUGAAUCACUACCCUUUCCCUGACUCCCCCUCACUUAUCUACUGUUAUGUUGCAUCCAUGCUCAAGUAUGACUCCAAACUAAACAUUAAGUAUUUUGCAUGAGAAAUAUUUUUCUGGGGAAGAUUUGGUAUGUUACAAUGCAGUGAGUGCAGCUACACAUGAUGUGUUGGUCUUGAUUAGUCUUCAUGUACUGUUCCCUGAGAGAUGGUCUACAUCAGUAGGGUAUUUUUUCUCUGACUGUUGUGAACAACAGUUUCUCUCAUUCAUACAUGCAUACAUACAAGCUGUAUUUCUUCAGCAAUAAUGCAGUAGUAGAGAAUAGACCUAACCAGUGAUAGGUCAAAUCCUACCGAUUCAAGAACCAAUGACAUGGCAUCCCCAGAAACUGCAUCCUGUUGUCUUCUGAUGAGAAACAACCAUCCAAAGUAAUCAUGGUUCUCUUAACAUUGCAAUAAGGAAGAACGCUCUGUUUUGUGUUAUCUAUCUACUCACUAACGUAUGUCUGAGAAUAUUAUGCCCAAUCAAAUGUUAUUUGUCACAUGCUUUGUAAUCAACAGGUGUAGACUAACAGUGAAAUGCUUACUUAUGGGCCCUAACCAACAAUGCAAAAAUAUAUAUAAUAACACAAGGAAUAAAUACACAAUGAGUAACGAUAACUUGGCUGUAUAUACUGGGCACCAGUACUGAGUUGAUGUGCAGGGUACGAGGUAAUUGAGGUAGAUACAGUGCCUUCAGAAAGUAUUCACACCCCUUGAUUUUUUUCCCCCCACAUUUUGAAAACCACCUUUCUGGGUAAGUCUCUUAAGAGCUUUCCACACCUAGAUUGCUCAACAUUUGCCCAUUCCAUUAUUUUGAAAAAUUCUUUAAGCUGUGUCAAAUUUGUUGUUGAUCAUUGCUAGACAACCAUUUUCAGGUCUUGCUAUAUAUUUUCAAGCAGGUUUAAAUCAAAACUGUAACUUGGCCACUCUGGAACAUUUCACCAUCUUCUUGGUAAACUAUUCCAGUGUAGAUUUGGCCUUGUUUUAGGUUAUUGUCCUGCUGAACGGUGAAUUUAUCUCCCAGUGUGUGUGGUGGAAAGCAGACUAAACCAGGUUUUCCUCUAGGAUUUUGCCUGUGCUUAGCUCCAGUAACUACAAUAUUGUUGAUCCAUCCACAGUUUUCUCCUAUCACAGCCAUUAAACUCUUUCAGUCACCACUGGCCUCAUGGCCAUGUGUUAUUUCAUA